AUGGGAGGGUUUACAUGUCAUGUUUCAGAUUCUGUUGCUGGCAAUAGUUUCACCGGCAACCUUCCUGAUUCUAUUGAGAUACUGAAAUCUGAACAUACAACCAUAAAAAUCUACCUUUGUACAGGUAGUGCCGAUACAAUUGGAACAGAACUACUCGAAAGCUUGUUAAAGAUGGCGCCAAGCAAAGAAGAAGAACGUAAACUGAAGGAACAUAAAGAUGACUCACCAACCAAACUUGGUCCUGCAGAGAAAUUCUUGAAGGCUGUGCUUGAUGUACCAUUUGCGUUCAAAAGGGUGGAAGCCAUGCUUUACAUGGCUAAUUUUGAGUCUGAAGUUGAGUAUCUCAGGAAGUCGUUUGAAACUCUGGAGGCUGCCUGUGAGGAGCUGCGCAACAGUAGAAUGUUCUUGAAACUUCUAGAGGCUGUGCUCAAAACGGGGAACCGUAUGAAUGUGGGGACAAACCGUGGCGAUGCACAUGCCUUUAAGCUUGAUACGCUUCUCAAGCUUGUUGAUGUUAAAGGCGCCGAUGGGAAGACCACCCUACUGCAUUUUGUUGUACAGGAAAUUAUAAGAACUGAGGGUGCUCGUCUCUCGAGUACUCCACAAACUUCAAACUCCUCUUCGAGCGAAGAUGCCAAGUGUAGGAGGCUUGGUCUACAAGUCGUUUCGAGCCUGAGUUCAGAGCUAGCAAACGUAAAGAAGGCUGCUGCUAUGGAUUCUGAGGUUCUCAAUGGUGAUGUCUCCAAACUUUCUAAAGGAAUUUCUUACAUAAAAGAGGUGGUGAAACUAAACAAAGCGACAAAGCAAGAUGAAAGUGGUAACAAAUUUACAGAAUCAAUGAACAAAUUUAUGAUGAUGGCUGAGGAGGAGAUCCUGAAGAUUCAAGCCCAAGAAAGUGUUGCUCUUUCGUUAGUGAAGGAGAUUACAGAGUAUUUCCAUGGUAACUUGGCAAAGGAAGAAGCUCAUCCAUUCAGAAUCUUCAUGGUGGUGAGAGAUUUCUUAUCGGUUCUUGACCGAGUCUGCAAAGAAGUCGGUUUAAUAAACGAGAGGACCAUGGUUAGUUCUGCCCAUAGAUUCCCAGUUCCAGUAAACCCCCUCCUUCCGCAACCCCUAAACCCUAUGCUUCCACAACCCCUACCUGGAUUAUAUGGAAAGAGACAUUACAGCUCUUCAGAUGAUGACAGUCCUUCUCCAUAGCUACAAGGUUCUUAUCUUAUCCCUGAGGUUCAUGGCUGCAUCUUUUGUAGAAACAACCUGGUACCAGGUGUUUUUGACUGGUGGGAGCGUGUAUGGUCUGCUCAAAAUGAUGCAACUCUUUUUGGUUUUCUGUUUAAAAAUUGUAAAAAUCCAUGUAAAAGAUUUGAGUUAUAUGUUAUAUAUAAGAUUAUAUGUAGAGUAGAAGCUGUUUUUUA